GUUCGUGUGUUUGUUUUGUUUUACAGAAAGUGAACAGAAAACUGAGUGUAAAGACCUGUGAAGUUCCAAAACGUGAAAUUCAGCAAUGAUACACUGCGGAAAGAAACGUAUUUGUGCUGUUGCCACGUCUAUUCUUAUUUUUGCAACUGCUUUCAUCUCCUACUGGCAAGGUCCUGAGCUACAGAAUAACAUCGCCAGAAAAAUCUUCCCCCAGGCAACAACAGUCAGUCCAGCAGGCCAGCUUUGUAGGGGUAAACCUGCUCAAGAUGCUAUAACACCAUUAACAGAUAACAGAACUUUUAUUAUAUCCCCAUAUUUUGACAACAGAGAAGGCAAAGUCACUCGUGUGAUCGGGAUUGUUCACCAUGAAGAUGUAAAAGAACUGUUCUGCUGGUUCUGCUGUAAGCCCGAUGGAAAGAUCCAUGUAUCAAAAGCAACAAUCGAUGUUCACUCAGAUAGAUUUGGGUUCCCUUACGGUGCAGCAGAUAUAGUUUGUUUGGAACCUGAAAACUGUGACCCAACGCAUGUGUCCAUUCACCAGUCUCCACUUGGAAAUAUUGACCAGCUGCCAAGCUUUGAGAUCAAAAACCGCAAACCUGAGCCCUUCCCUGUUGACUUCACUGUGUGCAUCUCUGCCAUGUUUGGCCACUACAACAACGUCUUGCAGUUUAUACAGAGCAUGGAGAUGUACAAGAUUCUUGGGGUACAGAAAGUGGUGAUCUACAAGAACAACUGCAGCCACCUGAUGGAGAAAGUCUUGAGGUUAUAUAUGGAAGAAGGAACUGUAGAGAUAAUUCCCUGGCCAAUAAACUCGCACCUUCAGGUUUCUUCUAAAUGGCACUUUUCUAUGGAUGGAAAAGACAUUGGCUAUUAUGGACAAAUCACAGCUCUAAAUGACUGUGUAUACCGUAAUAUGCAGAGGAGCAAGUUUGUGGUUCUUACUGAUGCUGAUGAAAUAAUUCUUCCCCUUAAGCACCCAGACUGGAAAACCAUGAUGAGCAGCCUGCAGGAACAGCACCCAGGGACUGCUGUUUUCCUCUUUGAGAACCAUAUCUUCCCAGAAUCCAUCUCCACUCCCAUGUUCAACAUCUCAUCCUGGAAUACUGUGCCAGGUGUUAACAUAUUAGACCAUGUUCACAGGGAGCCUAACAGGAAAGAAGUUUUCAAUCCCAGGAAAAUGAUAGUUGAUCCACGAAAAGUGAUUCAGACUUCAGUCCACUCUGUCCUCCAUGCUUAUGGGAACAGUGUGAAUGUUCCCAUGGAUGUUGCCCUCAUUUAUCACUGUCGGAAGCCCCUUCAAGCAAACCUUCCCACAAAAUCCCUCAUCAGGGAUACAAUACUGUGGAAAUACAACUCAUCGUUAAUUAUGAAUGUUAACAAGGUUCUACAUCAGACUGUACUGUAAGCUCAAAAGUGAAACCUCAGUCAUAAGGAGGGAACGCAAAGUGUUGUGGGGAGGCAGAGGAGAUCAUUUGAAAAUCAUAAAAUGAAAUUCACUUCCACGUGAAGUUUAGAUCUCACAGAGGUUUAGGAGAACAUCCCUGCUACAUACUAUACAAAGGUAAAUGCUUUUGAUUUGUGAACCGAAUCAAGGUAUCCAGGGAAGAGAUUUUCAAAACUGAAAAAAUCAUUCAAGGAUGGUUGAGGCCUCAGCCCACUACUUUUCAGGCCAGUUUUGGGGAGACACUUGCACAUGGUUGGGAACGGCCUGAUAACAUUGUUGUUCCAUCAGUGACAUGUGUCCUAGCAGGGAUACAUCCUUCUGGAGAUAAAACAUCUUUGGCUCUGAAACUUAACUGUGGUGGGUUGCUGCAACUUUAAGUGCAGCAAUGAAAUUUAAAGGUGUUGCAGUAGGCAUUUAAUGCCAUGUUCUCUCCAACAAUAAAUGCACUGUGCAUUUAAGGUGAUCGAUUACUCGCAGGAAGAAAGCUCUGUAACAUAAAGCCACCACCAGAGAAGAUCCCAUCCUCAUACAGGGUCUCAUAUGAAUGUAUUUUGUUGUAGGAAUGAUUCAACUACCAAUUGCUGUCUCUAAAAAGUAAAAGUACCAGUGUCAACGAC